GUCGACUGCGGACGCUGUGAGGCGGGCGGCUCUGAUCUGGGUUCACGAAUAGACGUCGACCUGUUGCCAGCCUUGUUGUGUUCUUUGUGUGCGUGUGUUUUUUUUUUAUCGGGGUUAUCGAGUUCUGUCCCCAGACUAUGGCUUCUUCGGAUGUUGCUCUGCUGCCGGAUAAAGGAGUGCGACCCCUCUCCUUGGCAGGCCAUGUGGGCUUUGACAGCCUCCCGGAUCAGCUUGUCAACAAGUCCAUCUACCAGGGCUUCUGCUUCAAUAUCCUCUGCAUCGGUGAGACUGGUAUUGGCAAGUCGACUUUAAUGGACACUCUAUUCAAUACCAACUUUGAGAACUUUGAGUCAUCCCACUUUGAGCCUCAGGUGAAGCUGCGGGCUCAGACCUACGACCUGCAGGAGAGCAAUGUCAGACUACGCCUCACCGUGGUCAACACUGUGGGCUUCGGAGACCAAAUGAACAAACAAGAGAGCUAUCAGCCGGUGGUGGACUACAUCGACAAACAGUUUGAGAGCUAUCUGCAGGAGGAGCUUAAAAUCAAGCGCUCCCUUCACAACUACCAUGACUCGCGAGUCCAUGCCUGCCUCUACUUCAUCUCCCCCUCAGGUCAUUCACUGAAAUCCCUGGACCUGGUCACCAUGAAGAAGCUAGACAGCAAGGUGAACAUCAUCCCUGUGAUCGCCAAAGCCGACACCAUCAGUAAGAGCGAGCUGCACAAGUUCAAAAUCAAAAUCAUGAGUGAGCUGGUGAGCAACGGUGUCCAGAUCUACCAGUUCCCGCUGGAUGACGAGAACGUGGCCAAAGUCAACACUACUAUGAAUGGUCAUUUGCCGUUUGCUGUAGUCGGCAGCACAGAGGAAGUCAGUGUUGGCAAUAAGAUGGUGAAAGCUCGUCAGUAUCCUUGGGGUGUAGUACAAGUGGAGAACGAGAACCACUGCGACUUUGUGAAGCUGAGGGAGAUGCUGAUCUGUGUAAACAUGGAGGACCUGAGAGAGCAGACGCACACUCGCCACUACGAGCUGUACAGACGCUGCAAACUGGAGGAGAUGGGUUUCAAAGACACAGACCCGGAGAGCAAACCAGUCAGUUUGCAGGAGACGUACGAGGCCAAGCGUCAGGAGUUCCUGGUGGAGCUGCAGAAGAGAGAGGAUGAAAUGAGGCAGAUGUUCGUGCAGAGGGUGAAGGAGAAGGAGUCUGAGCUGAAGGACGCCGAGAGAGAGCUGCAGGGCCGUUUUGAGCAGCUGAAGCGCCUCCACGCAGACGAGAAGGCCGCCCUGGAAGACAAGAGGAGGCUGCUGGAGGAGGACCAGAGUUCCUUCAGCAAGAGACGAGCGGCCGCUCAGCUCCUGCAGGCCCAAAGUCUCACCGCCAACGGCAAGAAGGACAAGGACCGCAAGAAUUCCGGCUUCAUGUGAAGAUUCUGAAGUACAACCCACUACGACCAGUAUAACCAGUGGCAGUCUGCCCACGUUCCUUUUCAGCCCUUUGAGGCCAGUCUCAAAACACUAACCAGGAAAAACGCCGCACAAACCAGCAGUGUGUAUGAGUUUGAUUUUGUGCCAAAGUUUAAUGACUGUACCCCAGACUCCUGUGUACACUUUCCUUAGUGGUGAUUUUUUUAAUCCUUAUUGUGCGUUUUAUACCUCUCUGUGGAAUAUUUUAUAUUUAUCCUUUCAUUUUUUUAAUGUAGAACAUUUAUUUUACAUAUACCUCCCAAUUUGUUUUUGCCCAGACUGAGGGAAACCUUGGUGACUUGAUACUCACACAGACUCUUUAGAUGCUGUGCACAGUUCAAAAGACUUGGAUUGGUACAAAUAACACACUUUAAAGGGACCUUGUCAGUUACACUUAAUCUCUUUCUGUCUUUUAUCCAAGGACUUAUCAUAUUUUGUCAUGUACAAAACUCGUCUUGUGACCCCUAAUGCAACAGUGUGUAAUAUGCUGAAACUUGCUCGUGAUUUAUUACAGACAUUUAAGAAGCCGGUCUCACUGAAUACUGCAAAUGGCUUUUUUUUUCUUCACAAAAGUCCAUCACAACUCCAAAGCAGCUCAAGUUGUAAUUUAAUGCCAUAGCUAUGACAGCAGAAGGUUCCAUUCUGCUGUUUUUUAAAUGCAGAGAAAAUAAAAUCUGUCUAGUAAUUCAUAACAUACGUAAAUGAGAGAUUACUCUCAUGUCAGUGUUUUUAUAGUUUUAUUUUUGUAAAUGGAGAACAAAAAAACACCGUCUCAAUCAUGAAACGAUCACAAAGACUUCCCAACGUUUUCCGCUUGCGUUGAUACCGACUUCUUACAGUAUGAAGAACCAGAUACGGCACGUGAUAUUAACUUUGGAGUUUGGGCGAACUAGGCGGCAGAAGUGAUAAAAUAGGUGAGAAAAUUCAUCAAAUCUCACCGGUGAGAAGCAGCAGCGAGCGGGUCAUUUAGAGAAUAUUGCACCAUUCAGCUGCUGAAGAAUAAGAAUCAACUGCAAAACGAGAAAAUCCAUCAUGUUAUUACUUUUUUCAACCCGUCGCCGUUCUCCAGCAGCGCUGCCCCUGCAGCGAGGGGUAAAGCAUUACGAGCAUCGCAGUAGCAACCUGUUGUGAUUUGAUGCCAAACGUGCCAUUAAUCCAACAGAUGCGUAGCUGAACCACACAAUGUUACGCACUCCACACAAUGUCACACACUCCCCACAAUGUCACACACUCCAUGUCUGAGACAGACUUCGGUCGCAUCUGUGAUUCUCUCUGAAGCCUCAUUUAGUGUAUUCACAAUUGAGAGAUGUCACAAGCUGCAUUGUCACAGGGCAUUAUUAUUACAUUUCCUUUUUCUGUCUUGUCUUUUUUAAAUUUUAUUUUUUAUGCUAUAAGCCUUUAAUAUGAGCGCACCAGUGUUAUGCAAAACCUGCAGAGGUCACUGAUUCUCCUGUUGCUGUUCCAAAGGGAACGAUUAACUUCUGAACCAGGAGGGCAACUCUGAGGCUUGGUUUUGGAUUCGGUACAUGUUACAGCAGUUAUACGUGUGUAUAUAUUUGUGUGUUUAUAUAUAUAUAUAUAUAUAUAUAUAUAUAUAUAUAUAAACACACACACAUUACCUACUGACACAAACGGUUGAAGUUUUGCAAACCAGUCUGUCUGAAAAGAGCUGACUUGCUUGUGGGGGGAAAGAGUGAGGCAUCAUAUCAAGAAAGAUUUUCCCUUGGGGAGUACAGGAAGAGGAGGUGGAAGCUGUUGUGACUAUAUUUUUAGCUUUUAUAUUUGUAUUCACUUCUCCCUGGAGUCCUGAUUAGACAGGGCUUCUCACCUCGCAGCCUUACACAGUAACAGCGUAAAACCAGGACACUGGUGCUUUUUUUCUGAACCAGAGACACUCGCUCACAAACACUGACACUUUAUAUUCACACUAGUGCUUCAGAUGUGUUUAGUGCCUUAUCUGCGUGGAGCUUCCUUUAGAAGUACACUGUUCACUUUGACAUCCAGGGGAACACGCGGAUGCCUAAUGGAGUAAAGCGCAUCUGAGACAGAUUUGUACAACACUUGUAUUUAAGGAAUAAACAGUGUUAUUUGGGAGCUUUUUUUUCCUUCUUUCCAAAUAAAUCUUUGUAUUUUUGUCAUGA